AUGACCAAGAAGAGAAGGAACGGCCGUGCCCAGAAGGGCAGGAGCCAUGUCCAACCUAUCCGCUGCACAAACUGUGCUCACUGCGUCCCGAAGGACAAGGCCAUUAAACAGUUUGUCAUCGGAAACACUGUUGAAGCAGCUGCAGUCCGCGAUAUCUCUGAAGCCCGUGUCUUUUACUCUUAUGUUCUGCCCAAGCUCUCUGUGAAACUUCAUUACUGUGUCAGCUGUGCCAUCCACAGCAAGGUGGUGAGGAAUUGUUCCUGUGAGGCCCAAAAGGAUCGUACCCCUCCACCCCGGUUCAGGCCUGCAAGUGCUGCAUCGAGACCACCACCCCCCCAAGCCUAUGUAAAGAAUUUGCCAGAGUGA